AUGUUUUAUGCACGGCCAAAUCGUGCGCACAAAUCACCAAGCAUCAUUGUGGGUUUGCCGCACAACCGUAAGCCUUUGCAAUACCUUGGAUUCGCAUCCAUUGACCAUUGCGAAGAUGUGCUUAACACAAUUAAUCCUUCUUACUUUCGUAAAACGCAGCCACAACCUGGGGCAUAUCAGGACCCUGACCCGCGCCAGGAAGCCCAGAAAGCCCGGCACCUGAGCAAAUACAUAUUUCCGUUGCAAUACGGUCUAUCCAACGUCUUCAGUCAGAAGUCAGCCGCUAAAAAAAUGUACAAGCAGCCGAAUUUUGCUAACAGGGAAACUGAUAUUGAGGUAAGGGGUGGCCUGUCGAGGCACGCAGACGAUCUUGGGACAUGUAAGACACCGAGGCGGCUGAAGAACGUGCUCGUGCUUUUGGAGAAGAUGAUCUGGCGACAUGGCAAAUGUGGUUACAAGCCACUUCGAGACAUAGCUUGUCCAUCCAAGGUAAACAAGCUCUCCGGGUUAUGGUGCGCGCCGGUCUCACCUUCGCUCCUAGAUUACGACGACGGACAACAAAACCAUGGACAGUAG